GAGGGGCAACCCUUUGCUUCUUACACAUUUCUCACAUUAAACACCACGUUAAACUCCAACUCCGAAGACAUGAUUUGGAAUAUUUUCACUGUCCUGUUUCUGGCAUUCUCUGUUUAUGCUACAAACAAUGAUGUAAGAUUCAUCUCCUACAAAAAUGAUGCACGGGUACCAAUAGUAAAUGGUAGAUGCGAUAUUUACGAGGAUAAAUUACUAGAAAAUGGAGAAGUUUGGUACAGAACGGACUUCUGUGAGAAAGUCUCUUGCAGCGUAAUGGACACAGUAGGACACAGCGAAGUCAGAGGCUGUGUUCCCCUCACUCCCAUCUCUCAGAAUUGCACCGUUGUGGGUCGUAGAGGACCUUAUCCUGAAUGCUGCUCUGGAGAAAUCGUUUGCAAUCAACAACCCGAAGUUGACAGCAACGAAGCCAUUGUGGAAGAAAUUCGAUUGCUUCUGGAUAGGAAUGGGAAAAAAUAAAAGCAUUUCUUUUUCUCUUUCUUUUGAUUUUUUUUUAAUAAAAAAAAACAAUUGCAUUUUGUUAACUAUUAAACUUUCUAUACUUGUAACAUUUUCUAAAUAUGAAUAAAUUUUUAUUUUGUCGCAUG